GUGUCACUUGUAAAGAAAGCCGGGUUGGUAAAAACCCGGAAGGAAAAUAGAGUAACAACAACAACAACAACAACAACAAGUAGACAGUUAUAUCAGUUUUAUUGUUUUUCUUGCAUUAAUAUUAGAUGUGGAGAAGAAGCAGUUUCAGGGCGCGUUCUAGUAAAAGCGUGUGUGUGUUGGAGCGAGGAGCUGGAGCCCGAGCCCGAGGUGGCCGUCUGCUGGCCGAGGGACGGACUGAAGCAGCAGGAUGUCUGAACGGAAUGAGUCGUGCUGGUCUGGGAAUGAAUCUGCAGGUGUCCUCACGUGUCUCCUCAUGGCCUGGGAGGACUGGCUGGCUUGGGGGAAUCUUCAGGACUACCUCAGCUUCUUGGAGUACCUGCUAUGGGUGUUCACGCCCCUGGCCAUCGUCUUCAUCCUGCCCUUCGUCAUCGUUGUCCUGCUCUACUUGUCCAUCCUCUUCCUGCACGUGUACAAGCGCAAGAACCAGCUGAGAGAGGCUUACUCUUAUAACCUGUGGGACGGCGCCAGGAAGACGCUGGCCACGCUGUGGGACGGCCACGGAGCCAUCUGGCACGGUUAUGAAAUCUGUGGUUUAGAGAAGAUUCCAGAAGAAGGCCCCGCCCUCAUCGUAUACUAUCACGGAGCUAUUCCUAUCGACUACUACUACUUCCUGGCAAGAGUGAUCAUUCAGAAAGGCCGCACGUGUCACUCGGUGGCUGAUCACUUCCUGUUCAAGGUCCCAGGGUUCAAGCUGCUGCUGGAGGUGUUCAGCGUGAUCCAUGGGCCACAGGAGGAGUGUGUGAAGGCUCUGCGUAGCGGUCACCUGCUGGGAAUCUCUCCGGGAGGCGUACGGGAGGCUCUGUUCAGCGACGAGACGUACCCGCUGCUGUGGGGCAAGCGCAAGGGCUUCGCACAAGUGGCCAUUGAUUCCAGAGUGCCAAUUAUUCCCAUGUUUACUCAGAACGUCCGGGAGGGAUUCCGCUCUCUGGGAAAUCUGAGAUUUUACAGAUGGGUGUACGAGAGGUUUCGUCUCCCGAUCGCGCCUGUCUACGGAGGAUUCCCCGUCAAAUUCCGCACUUACCUAGGCGACCCCAUUCCCUAUGAUCCCAAACUCACAGCGGCCGAGUUGGCAGAAAAGGUGCAGGCAGCAGUUCAAGCGCUUAUCGACCGACACCAAAAGGUACCCGGCAGCAUCCUGCGAGCGCUCCUGGAGCGAUUCCACAUGCAGCACAAAGACGAAUAACACUCGCUUCUUUCAGGUUCUCCUCCACCGAAUGUGCAGCGCGCCUGAAGAAGAACAGCACAGCUUUAGCUCUCAGGCUAAAAAAAACCAAAACACUUCCACUUUUAUUCCCAGCGUCACUUAACACAGAACCGGAAGAGUCGGAAGUGUUACCGGAUUAAUAUAUCAGCUACGUGUGUGUGGUAUUGUGACGUUACUGAUACGGACAAAGAAACGAAUAUAUAAUAAUAAUAAUAAUAAUAAUAAUAGUGUGUAUUGUGUCUCGUGUGCAUGUGAAGCAUCGUGUGUGUUUUUUUUUUGUUUUAUUUUAAAUCCAUGACUUAUUUGCACACUUCGAUCGUUUUGUGAAGGACCACUGCCAAAACAAACGAGGCCUUUUGGUUACUUGAUGUCAGAAAUGAUAAAAUGGCUUUUCAGAGCUGGUGCAGUUUUAAAGUUAAUGUAUUUCUAAUGUAAAAAAAUGAUGUAAUACUCAACUUUCAUGGAAACUACUUUUUUUUUAAGUCAGAGAUACUGGAAUUAUCUGUGAUUGGUGAAGGAAAGGGAUUUAUUUUACUGAGAAGGUGGUGGAUCAGGGACGUUUGAUUAAAAACAGCUAUUCAGAUCAUUCUAGAUUUUUUAGAUCUGGUUAUAAGAUGGUAUUGGAUGAUAAGGAUAAUAAAAAUUAUAUUAAUAUUAAUAAUAAUAAAAGGUGGUUUGUCCCCUCCAGGUUGGAGGGGUGUUCCUCCCUUAAGUGGAGGAGUUUAAGGUUUUGUUUACAAGUGAGGGAAGGAUGGAGCGGGAGAUUGACAGACAGACUGUUGCAGUGGCAGCAGCAAUGCGGUCUAUGUACUGGUCUGUUGUGGUGAAGAAGGAGCUGAGCCGAAAGCUGAAGCUCUCGAUUUACCAGUCAAUCUACGUUCCUACUCUUACUUAUGGUCAUGAGCUUUGGGUCAUGACCGAAAGGAUAAGAUCCUGGAUACAGGCGGCCGAAAUGAGUUUCCUUCGUAAGGUGGCGGGGCGUUCCCUUAGAGAUAGGGUAAGGAGCUCUGUCACCCGGGAGGAGCUCGGAGUAGAGCCGCUGCUCCUCCACAUCUAAAGGGGCCAGUUGAGGUGGCUUGGGCAUCUGUUUCGGAUGCCUCCUGGAUAUCUCCCAGGGGAGGUGUUCCGAGCAUGCCCCACCGGGAAGAGACCUCAGGGAAGAUCCAGGACACGCUGGAGGGACUAUGUCUCUCGGCUGACCUGGGAACGCCUUGGAAUCCCCCCGGAAGAGUUGGAGGAAGUGGCUACGGAGAGGGAGGUCUGGGCAUCCCUGCUUAGACUGCUGCCCCUGUGACCCGGCUACGGAUAAGCGGGAGACAAUGAAUGAAUGAAUGAUAAUAAUAACAAUAAUAUAUCCUGAGAUCUUGCGUUUAAUGAGGGAAAUCACAACAUUCCUGGGAUCCGAACACUCGACCAGCACUACAAGCACAACUAAUAAGGGUCACGAUUUCGGUUUUAUCGCAGCUAUUUUAUUUCUAAAUAAGGUGUUAAAGUUGUGUUUGUGAUGAUUUUCUUUACAGAAAAAACACACUUUUACCAAGCUUAAGAGAUAUUUCUACACUCUAGAUUUUAUUGCUGAUUAUUUUAUACGAGGCAAAAACAAGAGUCAGGUCAUGCAGUGAUAGGAAAAUAAUCAACCACCCAUUUUUAUUACAUGUUAAUAACUUCUCGAUUGUGUAUGUUUGGAGUGUUUUAUUGCUCUUACACCAAGAUUAAUGGAGAACAAUUUUCCAUUAAUUAAAGAAAGAAAAAAUAAUUUUUUUAUCCGGUUAUAGUUACAUUAUGUGGAACAGCUGUUAAAGAUGUGUUUAUAGCACUAACAGCUAUUAUAAACUUAAAAAAAACAGCUCUGACUCUUACAGAGACUCCAUACUGCAAGUUACCACAGAAACCAUAAGCCAUUAGAACAUGCACGUUAAUUAAGUAAAAAAAUAAUAAUAAAAAAAAUCACCUUCUGACCAAUCAGUGAUUGAUCUUCAAGGUGGUGGGCGGAGCUAAUAAACUGGCAGCCUGAUAUUCAUAUAUAUAAAGCAUCGCAGUUAUUCCAGAACGUUCUUAAUGAGCAAGCAAACCUGUCACGUGCCACCCUGAUGAGCUCAUUGUUGAACUCUACUGACACACACACACAGCUCAAUGUUAACAGAUUCAGGAGUGUGAGCAGGAAUGCAGAUCAGCGCAUGACCCUGUACAGAUCUGUCCAGUGUUGCGGUCAUUGUGGAUUUAUGUCUAAAAAAAAUAAAACUUAUUUUUUGAUAAAGUCGG